UGUCCUACUGAACCGGAAACCGAAGCAGACCUUUUCCAUUCAAAAUGGCUGACUUUGACGACAAUCGCGGAUAUGGAAGGAAUCGUCCCCGGGGCGAUUACAAUGGGGAUGACGAUGACGAUCGCGGCGGCUAUGGAGGCGACAGGAGCUACGGUAACGACCGAGGUUACGACCGGCGGGGCGGGGGCUACGGUGGUGGAGGUGGCGGAGGCUACGACAGAGGCUACGGUGGCGGUGGGGGCCGCGGGGGAGGCAACUACUCUCGAGGCAGUCAGCCGCUCCCAACAGAACCCCCGUACACAGUCUACGUAGGCAACCUCCCACAGGGCAUUGUCCAAGGAGAUCUGGAAGCAAUUUUCAAAGACCAAAAUGUGAAAAGUGUCCGUUUGGUUCGUGACAAAGAAACUGAUACAUUUAAAGGAUUUUGUUAUGUAGAAUUUGAUGACCUGAACUCAGUAAAAGAGGCGCUGCAGUACGACAACGCGCUAUUUGAAAACAAAAAUAUCAGGGUCGACGUUGCAUCGGGUCGGCAAAAAGAUCGCAAUCAGGGUUUCCGAGGAGGAAGAGGCGGAGACCGAGGUGGUCGCGGUGGCGGCCGUGGGGGCGGGGGCAGCUGGGGAGGUCGCGACGGGGACUACGGGGGUCAACGAGGCGGGGGUCGGGGCGCUGGGGGUUUCCGGGGAGGCACGCGGGGGGGCUAUGACCGCGGCUUCGACAAUGACCGCGGCGGCUAUGACAGAGGGUACGACCGAGGCUACGGGAGCAGGGGAAGCGAUCGUGGCGGAGAUAGGAUGGGGGACCGGGGCGGUGAUAGGGGGGGAUUCGGCGGCGGACGACGCAGGCAGGACAGCGGAGGAAAUGGAGCCGAGUUUAGGGAGGCCUCGCCAGACUCGUUAGCGCAGCGGCCCAAGCUGAACCUGAAGCCCCGCACGGUGAAGGACCCGCCCAACCGGCCGGCCGACUCCUCCAGGAACGAGAGUAUAUUCGGCAAGGGGCGGCCGCGCGAGUCGCGCCCUGACGACGAGGAACCCCCGGCCCGGAGCCGCAACACCAGCGAGAGCAGCGUGCAGUAGUGGGGGCGCCCGCCGCACACCCAUGUCUUGUGUUCCCCGUGAGAUGUUUUACAAGUUUUUGCUGCGGACUUCGUGUUUCGGGAGUGAAGGUGCAUAUUUCCUGCGACGAACCCCCGCUCCCUUCCCCCCCCCCCCUGGCCCCCUGGCUUGAAGGCACAACAACAA